CAUCAACUGAACUCGUCAGUAUAGUGAGACACUUCUUUCCGAUCAGUCAACUAAUUCCGGUACAAUGCGCAACAUAUUCACACAUUUAACAGUCGUGCUCACGUUAGCAAACAUAGCUUUGGGACAACUUUUUUUAGAACAACCUCCUAUAAAUUACACCGAAGGAAAGAGCUUUGAUGACUGUGAGCUACGUUUCGUUACGAGCUACGAUCAACAUGAGAGCGAGAGAAAAUUACAGAGCUGGGUAACGAAUAUAGAGGUUAUGGAUCUCACUGUAGCGUACGGUGGGGUUCGAGCCUAUAAGGGAGAGUUUCAACACAUGGCCGCGAUCGGUUGGACCAGAUCAGGAGCAACGAUCGAUUACCUUUGUGGGGGCAGUUUAAUAACUUGGAGAUUCGUUUUAACAGCAUCUCACUGUUCAGUUGAUUCAAACAACCUUCCACCAGAUACAGUGCGAUUGGGAGACACAGAUCUCGCUAGCACGGAUGAUGACGAAUCAGCACAACAAAUUCCGAUCGCACGCUUCAUCAAACAUCCGCAGUAUCGAGAGUCGAGAAGGUACUACGACAUUGCAGUUGUAGAGCUUGAGAAAAACGUUAUACCAAACAGUGCCAUUUGUGUAGCAUGUGUGUGGCGUGAACCUGAGGCUCCGGAAGACCUAAUAGAUGCAGUGGGUUUUGGUGCCCUUGGGUUUGGAAAAGAGUUGAGCUCAACUCUGCAGAAGGUGCAGCUUCAUGCGCUAGACGCGACGAUAUGUGCUGAACGGAUACCAACCAAUCGACGUCAGAUGCCGGAAGGCUUGCGAGACGAUCAGCUGUGUGCGCGAAGUGAAACCAUGGACACAUGUGAAGGCGACUCGGGUGGCCCACUGCAAACGCUCCGGUACGAUUUGCUUGGUAACAUCUUUUCAUUUAUAGUAGGUGUGGUAUCGUUUGGAACUCCCUGUGUAGAGGGUUCUACUGGAGUGUACACGAGAGUCAGCUCGUACCUGGAUUGGAUUGAGAAGGAAGUAAAUCAGUCGCUUAGCUACGAGGUUUGCACCGGGGUGAACGUUUGCGAUCGUAAAUUCAACCGAGCUGUAGCUGUUUUGGUUGAGCCAAAAUGGACAAACAGUCGCGUUGGAUUGUUGUGGAAGGAAACCGAAACAGAUAUCUAUCAGUGUGGUGGACUCCUGAUGGAUUAUCAGUUUGUUAUCACAUCGGCGGACUGUGUUACUUCUAACAAAGGACCUCCAACAUACGUAGCCUCUAGCUCUAACAGUGAUCGUGCUGCUAUAGAAGAAGUGUUUGUUCAUCCACGGUUCACAAAGGGACAACCUUACUUCGAUAUCGCCAUUAUAAAGCUACGAAAAUAUGCAAAUUUAGAUGAAAUGUAUCCGGUCUGCCCAUGGACAGAGCAAAAGCAUGGUGACUGGAGACAACUCAGCCUUCUGGCAGGAGCAACGUUGUUGCAGAGAAAAAGUUACGUGACGAUAUUCAAUAUAACUACGAAAGGCUUUGGGCAAUACUAUGCUCAUGGUAAAGACUGCAGUGUUGGGGAAAAUGUUGCUGAUAACGAUCUCAACUGCAUCAGUAACAGUGAUGCCUUUAUACCAGGAUUGUGUCAGGUUGACUAUGGAGGUCCAGUAAUGACGAAAUAUGUUGACAAACAGUUUAAGGUACAUGGUAUUGUGUCUCGUUUGACGCAAGGUUGUGGAGAAAAAAUGAUCUUUACCAGUUUGAUACCCCAUCGGCUAUGGUUGGAAUCGAUCAUCUUUAAACAGUUGCAUGAGAGGCUUGUAUUUAGUGAUAAGUAAAGGUCAAACAUUUCUAGCUUGACAUAAACUAAUAUAAUAGCAAUAGCAUAAAAAAUAGCAUAAACUAAACUAUAAAACAUGUUCUUUGUGAGCGAAACGUCGUGACAAUAUCGUAAUCUUCCUAAUUGCAUGAUUCAACCACUUGACUGCUAUAAACGAGAGUCCCUUUAGUCAACAAAAUGAAAUCUUUGUAAGCAUCGAUGAACGUUUUCAAAUAAAAGAUUAUAAUGCUUAUAAUGCUCGAAUAGAGCCGAUACCA